AUGGUGGACCCGCGUGAGCAUCCGACGUCGACGGUCGAAGUGCCAAAGGCACAUUCAGGUACACAACCAGUGGGUGUGGACAGGUGUGAACGGACGCAGCAUUUUGUCACGUGUGGAAGCGAUACGCUGAUGCAGAAGCGAGAGCUCAAGUUGUGGGACCCUCGACGCAUGGCCAAGUGCUUACAUCGAGAAAGAGUGGAUGCAGGAGUUGGUGGACAGUUGUUUUUGCUCUACGAUCCUAUAAUGGACCUCUUGUUUGCGCUUGGCAAGAGAAGUUGCAGUGCCAGAAUUUUUGAGGCAGACGUAAUGCGCGCACCUUGUGUGCAUGCACUAAACUGCAGCACAUCGAGCGACUCGACACUUGCAGCGCUUGCAGCGACGCUUCUUUUCAAGUCAGUAUGUGAUAUGAAUGUGUGUGAAGUUGCACGCGUGUUAAAUCUCAGUACGAGCGGAACGAGUGGUGGCGUGAGUUGCAAAGUCAUCAGCUACCGAGUUCCUCGCAACGAGGCAACGUAUACGUUCCAAAGCGACUUGUACCUCGACACGUUGUCAAAAGAAGCUGCAACAACGUCCGAGGAGUGGCUAAGGGGACAAAAUGCUUAUCCGAGGCUGGAGACCGUGACACCAACGGUAAAGGGUGCCGAUGAUGUGGUUGAAAAUGUGUUGAGACGCCUUCAUCACGAAAUUUUCCCCUUUUUUGGCUGCUUGUGCGACCCCCAGGGCUUGGAUUGUGCGACCGACGCAACGGCGACACGUGGCGCGGGGUACACCUUUAUUCCGUAUCUUCCCCCUUCGUUGCCGCUUGCGCGACCCGUCGGUCCACUGCCCUCACAACUGAUACCACGAGUGCAGCUUGCUCAAGGCAGAUCCCAGGUCGCUUCGACUCUCCUAUGGGGAGGUUUCCGUUUGAAGUGUCCGCCCCGAAAGGAAGGAAGACUGGCUUGA